AUGCACGUUUUAGGUCGUGAUGACCGGCUGGCCAACAAGGAUCCGAUGUUUAAUACGAGGCGUGAGCGCCUCGGAUACAAACAGGUUCUCCAUCGAAGCUACUCACUCUUCGAGAACUUCUCCACCUCAUUCGCGGUCUUGUACUUUGUCGGCGGCGUUCGCGUCACGUUCUCUACUAGCAUCGCGGUAGGGGGACCUCUCGCCUACUGGACGAGUUAUAUCGUGACUUGUAUAUUUAUCUUUAUUACUACAGCCGUCAUUGCAGAGGUUUGCUCCGCAGCCCCAACAGCAGGUUUAAUCUACCUCUGGGCUGCGGAGGCUGGAGGGCGUCGGUUCGGGCGCUUGUUCGGAUUUAUUGUCGCUUGGUGGAAUGCAGGCAACACCCAGUCCACUGUCAACUAUAUGCUAUCUGAAUUGACCGUCUUUGAAGUCGAUUUUCCCACCGACACAGGGAACAUCAAGUUCCGUGCGCUGCAAUGGAUCUGUACGGAAGUGAUGUUAGCAUUGGCAGCGUGGAUCAACCUUGCCUCACCCCGGAUAUUUCGAUACGUCUUCUGGCUAUCGACAGGCGCCGUGUUCCUGGACUUCAUCCUAAAUCUCAUCUGGCUCCCGGUGGGCGCCCACAAUACCUACGGCCUCCGAACCGCCCACGAAGCUUUUAUGACCACAUAUAACGGCACCGGUCAUGUCGCGGAAGAGACGAAGAACGCGUCCCUCAACGCAGCGAAGGGUAUCUUCUGGAGCACGGUCAUCAGCGGCGCGCUAGGCUUCACAGCCGUCAUCCUGUUCCUCUUCACAUCCCCCCCAAUCGACAUCCUCUUCUCCUACGAUGCCCCGCAACCCUUUGUCCCACUCUACGCCGUCGUCCUCGGCCGCGGCGGCCACAUCGUCAUGAACGUGCUCUCCGUGACAGCGCUAUGGCUCAACACCGCCAUCGCCAUCACGGCCGCCUCGCGCCUCGUCUUCGCGGUCGCCCGCGACGGCGUCCUCCCCUUCUCCACGUGGACCUCCCGCGUGUCCGAGGAAGGCCAGCCCCGCAACGCCAUCCUGGUGGUAUGGGGCGUCUCCGCCCUCAUCACCUGCACGAUCCUCCCGUCCGCCGUGGCGUUCACCUCCCUGGUCUCUGCCGCGGGCGUUCCCUCCGCUGCGGCGUACGGGCUCAUCAGUCUCGGUCGGUUGACGCUCACCCGGAAACAGAAGCUGGAGGCGAAGUGGUCGCUUGGACGGUGGAGGGUACCCUUCCAGAUUGUGGCUGUUGUAUGGAAUGCGUGGGUUGUGGCGGUUUUAUUCUCGCCGUAUGAGUUUCCGGUUCAGGCGGGGACGUUGAAUUAUGCGCCGAUUAUCAUGGCGAUCGUGACCGUGUUUGCGGUGGUGUCGUGGUGGGUCACGCCGGCGGACGCGUGGUUGAGGCAGGAGUUUAUUGAGCAGGCAGGGGCUGCGUCGGCGGCGUCGGUGGAUGAGUAG